UUUUAUUUGGUUGGUACAAGAUAAAAGAACGUUUAUAUUGACAGAUAAAAAUGUGAGGUUAUAAAGAACUAUUUUUUGGGUCAAAAUGAUUUUCGAAACAGCAUGUUUGAUUGGUGUGGCCAUGUUGUGGGGCGGGACUAACCCACUGUUGAAGAAAAAUUCAAAAGAUAUAACGAAAAUCAAGGAAAAUUCUAAAGUUAAACAGUUUUUGUUAGAAGUUAAAUAUCUAGCAACUAACACCAAGUAUUUGGUACCAAUGGCCCUAAAUCAAACUGGAUCUGUUGUUUAUUUUCUUACACUACAAAAUGCCGAUUUGUCGUUGUCUGUCCCAGUGGCAAAUUCCCUCACUUUUGUUUUUACUGCUGUUUCAGGUUGGAUUUUAGGAGAACAAUUACCUAAAAAGAACACUAUGUUAGGAGUAAUUUUGGUGUUACUAGGAACGACCUUGUGUUGUUAUGACAAUUAUCUACGGAGUUUUCAAGAUAAAAUAAUUAAUUAGUGGUUGUAAAAUAGGAAAAUUCCAAAGUCCUGUGAUAUUAAAUAAAUAAAUAUUAUUAUUAUUAGUA